UUUUUUUUUUUUUUAAAAAAACUACUUUAAAUAAAAGUCAGGUUUUUAAUUAUUCAUUUACAAGUUACAAAUAGGCUCUUUAAAUUGAACACACUAUCUCAAUGUUGGGUAGGGAAGUAGUUAAUCUAUUUAGUAGUCAUACAGUGCAGUGAAUAUGCAGUUGGAAUAUGAUUUCUGCUAUUUAACGGCCACGUCACCUUCAAAUCUCCAAAAUCUUUUUUUUUUUUUUCUUAGGAACAAACUUUUUUCUAUUUAAACGAGGGAAAACCAACCAAUUAAACAAACUCUCACACCAAAAAAACACACAAAAUCAUAACUAGUCAAACUUUCCUACAAUUUCUGCAUUCAAACCCUGUUUACUAAUAAUUAUCAAAUCUGUUGCAUAAUUACUCGUUUUUGUUAAUUAUCAAAUCUGAGCACCCACCAUUGCUGCCAUGGAUUCUCAUCCUUUGUUGAAAGGAGGGAGGAAGCGAGGCGGCGACAACAACGACGACAACAGCAGCAGUGGUGGUGGUGGGUUUAAGCAUGGUUUCACAGCUUCUGAAAUCCAAACAUUGGGUGCUUUGCUUGAAGCUCUUAUCCCUUCACUCCCACCUACUGCUGUUACUGGUGAAAUUCGGUCUGUUAAUUCUGAAGAAGCAGUUUUUACCUUUUUUACUGCCUCUGCUUCUCAGCCUACUGUGCCUGAUGAGGUGGCUGAGUUGAUAACCAAAAGAGGAGUAAAAGAAGCAGUACUUCUAAUGAAAUUGGUGAUGAAACUACUAUCAACAAGAUUAGGAACACUUUUGAUUUGUGGGAGGCUUUGUUUGGAAUGGAAGUGGCCUUUUAUUCACAAAUUAGCUGAAAUGAGUUUGGAGAAAAGAGAGAAAUUGCUACAAACUUGGUCUAAAGAAAGUUAUUGGACUUCCUUAAAAGUUGUAUUUCUUUUCCUCAAAGUUGCUUGUUGCUUCGUCUUCUUCUCCCGGGCUGAUGAAAAGGCUGAAAAUCCAACAUGGGAAGCCAUCGGUUACAAGGUGGACUCUAGAGAGCCACUGGUGAACUCCCAAGAACGAAGACCACUUCAGAAGGGAAUUGUUGAGUGUAGGAAGAUGAAUGACUCUACUCUUGUUAAAGCUCUCGAAGAAAAAGGCCUAAAAGUUGAAGAGGAUGUAGGCCAGAGAGUUUUAAAGAUACAAUGUGACGCUGUAAUAGUUGGUUCUGGUUGCGGAGGAGGAGUUGCAGCUGCCAUUCUUGCAAGUCAAGGCCAUAAAGUAUUAGUCCUUGAGAGAGGGAACUACUUUGCUCCAGGUGAUUACUCGUCUUUGGAGGGACCAUCAUUCGAUGAACUAUACAUGUCAGGAGGAUUGCUUACGACUCUUGAUGGGAAAAUGACAAUCUUUGCUGGAUCAACGGUUGGUGGGGGGUCUGCUGUGAAUUGGUCAGCUUCCAUAAGAACACCGGAUAAUGUCCUCAGAGAAUGGUCAGUGAAUCACAAGUUACCUGUUUUUGGCAGCCCUGAUUACAAAUCAGCCAUGAAUGAGGUGUGGAAUAGAAUAGGAGUCACAGUAGAUUGUUCAGAAGAAGGAUUUCAGAAUCAAAUUCUUCGAAAAGGGUGUGAAGGUCUAGGCUUGAAAGCUGAGAGAGUGCCGAGGAAUUCAUCUAAGGAUCAUUAUUGUGGUUCAUGCUGUUAUGGAUGUAGAACCGGAGACAAGAAAGGAACCGAUACUACUUGGCUUGUGGAUGCAGUUAAUCAAGGUGCUAUAAUUUUGACAGGAUGCAAAGCAGAGAAGUUCAUAUUAAAACAGGAUGAAAAUGGAGGAAGAAAGAAAUGUGUUGGAGUCCUAGCAACUCCAUUGAGCAAUAUUGUAUCAAAGAAGCUUAUUAUCGAGGCCAAAAUCUCAAUUUCAGCUUGUGGAUCUCUCUCAACACCCCCUCUAUUGAUACGUAGUGGUCUGCAGAACUCGAACAUUGGCACAAACCUCCACCUGCAUCCUACACUGUUAGCCUGGGGUUACUUUCCUGAAUCUACUCCGGAUUUUAAAGGAAAAUGCUAUGAAGGAGGAAUCAUUACUUCACUACAUAAGGUAGUUUCUGAAAAUUCCAACGUUCAUGCUAUCAUAGAAGCGUCUGCACUAGGUCCUGCAGCAUUUUCCGCCUUAGUGCCAUGGGUCUCAGGGCUUGAUUUUAAAGAGAGGAUGGUAAAAUAUGGAAGAACAGCUACACUUUUCUCAUUAGUCAGAGAUCAGAGUACAGGUGAAGUUAAAAAAGAAGGUAGAGUUAAGUAUCGCUUAAACGAAUUUGACAAGGAAAAUCUGAAGAUAGGAUUAAAACAGUGCAUCAGGAUUCUAAUAGCAGCAGGAGCUGUUGAAGUUGGAACAUAUAGAAGUGAUGGGCAGAGGUUAAAAUGUGAUGGGGUGAAAGACGAGGAGGUGGAAGAGUUUCUGGACUCGGUUAUUGCACCAGGGGGUGCAAGGUCUAGGACCGAGAAGUGGACAAUAUAUGGGAAUGCUCAUCAGAUGAGCAGUUGCAGAAUGGGGGCGUCCGAGGAGGAAGGGGCAGUGGAUGAAAAUGGAGAAACUUGGGAGGCCAAGGGACUGUAUGUAUGUGAUGGAAGUGUUCUGCCAACUGCUUUAGGAGUUAAUCCUAUGAUUACUAUUGAAUCAACAGCUUACUGCAUUUCUACAAGAAUUGCAAAAGCCCUGAUGGAAAUAUAUAAUGAACAGAAAAGUGAGUACAUUUAAACUUCACAUUGUUUAUUAGAUUUAGAGAUAAAGAUGGCUUCAUUAAGGAUUGGAUUAGCAUACAAUCAGUUGUUUUAUCAUAUGACAUAUUUGACCUCUGCAUAGCACUGCAAUAAAGUUCUUAGAGACAUUAGGAGUUUAGAACUUGUGUUUAAUUCAAUAUCUACAAUAAUAAGUUAUAUAAUAUGUUGUUAAUUUGUUGUAUUAUGAUGUGUAGUUACAGAUUACAGAAUUAAAUUACACAUCUUUUGUUCCUAAAUGAAAGUCAUGUUUGUCUUUUGCAAA